GCACAGUGGUGAUGGCAGAGGCGACGCAGCGGCAUGGGCGUGGCUCACGAGGGCACGAGGUGGUGCACCGGGUGUAGUGGCGUUGGCAAGGUGGACAGCUGCGGUGGCGUCGUGGAGUCCAGAUCCAGUUGGCAAAGAGAGGAGGAGGAGGAGGAGGAGAUGGUGGGGCAGCUGCUUGCUGCGGGGAGUCGUCGAUCAGCGUCGAGGUUGCCUCCUCCGUCGCCGCUCCGACCACGGCGAUGGCGGCCUCCCCGAACGGAGCCUCGGUAGCGGCGGGCACGGCCGCAGCCGCGAAGGGGUCGAGCACGUGCAGCGACCGCGGCCGCCGCAGCCAGGUCCACCUCCCGCGCCGAUUCCUCUUCCGCCCACAACCGCCGGAGCCGUGCCUCCGCCGCUGCCCUUGUCCUCUCGUCGCUGGCGUCCGUAGUUGCCCAUCUCCACCAUCCGAGCCAGCCACCGAGUUCCCCGUCCCUCACUCGUUCUUCAUCCGUUUCCCGCUACUCCUACCUCGCCGCCGUUCGUCGGCUCGCCGUCGUGCGUCGCCGGCCGUCGAUCUCCCCGGUGGUCAACUGCUGUCGGUCCAAGAUGACAUCGCUGCACACUGACAUGUGAGUCCCACCACGCUGAGUCAGCUUGUCAACCGGGUCAACAACGUCACGUCGGACGAAACCGCCAGCAAAACCACCGAGAGAGGUGAUUUGCUCUGGUUUUCAUAGAUGAAGGAGGCAUUAUACCCGGUUUUCCGGUUGGGGAUGUUAUUUACACAAGCGCAAGAGAUGAGGGAGGCAAAAUGGACUUAUUCCGCAGUUGAUGGCUUCAUGCCAAGCACCACGCCCAAACUGCGACCGCGGAUCGAGCCCGCGGGCGGACACUGUUCCGUUCGUGGCUGUGCGGCCAUCUCCACGACUCCACCACCUCCACCUGUAGCAUCGCUUUGAUCCAUGGAACAAUAAAGAACUCUUGCCUGCAACUGUGCGUGGCCGGUGGCGAUGGCGACUCUACCCUAGUGUAUUCUCCGCUCUGCCGCCUCCACCAGGACCACCACCACCUUCGCUACCCGGCGCCGUACCCUGCGCAGCCGCGGGGCACCUCGGCGGCGUAACGAGGCGAGGGGGAUCGGACGCGCGCGCGCGCGCGAGGAGAAAGGCCGGGGGGGAUCAGCGAUGAGCUUCGCGGAUCUGGAGGCCGGCGCGGUGCGGGCGCCCAGGAGGGCGCGGGGCCCCGACGCCACGCGCGCGCUCGUCUUCCAGAUCACCACCGCCGUGGCCUCCUACCGCCGCCUCCUCAACUCGCUCGGGACGCCCAAGGACACCCCCGCCCUUCGUGACCAGCUGCAGAAGACUAGUCAUAACAUUCUUCAAUUGGCAAAGGAUGCGAAGGAGAAGCUCAGGAGAGCUGCUGAGGCAGACAAGAACGCCGAUACUAGUGCAGACAAGAGGGUUGCUGACAUGAAGCUUGCCAAGGAUUUUGCCACGACGAUGGAGGAGUAUGGAAAACUUCAAAAUCUUGCGAUUCAAAGGGAGAUGGCAUAUAAGCCAGUUGUUCCCCAGACAUCUCAGCCAAACUAUACUACAGGUGGUAUAGAAGCCAGGGAUUCUGGUAAAAUUCCUGAACAGCAUGCGCUACUCGCAGAAUCAAAGAGGCAAGAGGUGCUGCAAUUGGAUAAUGAAAUUGUUUUCAAUGAAGCUAUCAUUGAGGAAAGGGAGCAAGCUAUUCAAGAUAUUCAACAACAGAUUGGUGAAGUACAUGAAGCAUUUAAGGAUCUUGCUACACUUGUGCAUAUUCAAGGAGUUACAAUCGAGGAAAUCGAUACAAACAUUGAGAAUUCUGCAGCAGCAACCAAAGAGGCAAAGACAGAACUCGCGAAAGCGUCCAAGACUCAGAAAUCGAAUUCAUCACUGCUCUGCAUUCUUCUGGUGAUCUUCGGGGUUGUCUUGCUAAUUGUGAUAAUAGUUUUGGCAACUUGAGGCGCGACGUAGAGAUUACUGGUGCACUCGGUAGCAUAUUUAAAAGCCAUCUGCAUCGGUCCUUGAUCUUCUCGAAGUGCAAAGACUGUCGCUCACGAAACUGUACAAGUUUGUUGUUUGUUAUAGGUUUUCUGAAUUGUGAGUUCAUUUCCUGAUGUCAUGCGUGAGUCUUUUUUUCAUGGCUUGCCUUGAGUGAACAGUGAUGCUCUUUUAUUUUGCCGACGAACUUUCACUUUGUAAGUAUUUUCAGUGAAUAAAAACAAAAGAGCAACUAAGUUCUGUCUUGUAAACCCCCGUAAAAUAAACUUGUCGUUGUAUCAUCAACGCCCUCACACUUCAGUGGCUUGGGUUUCAUACGUGGAAUAAAUAUGGAUUGUGUUUUU